GUCCGUGCGGUGCAGCAGGUCGGUAGGCGGGAAAUGGCGACUGGCUGAGGGAGCUGCUGUUGCCGCUGCUGCUACUGCUGCUGUUGCGGGGGAAGCGGGAGACACCACACGGUGCGCAGCCGAGACCGCCGCCGGAGUCCGAGGACACUUUUCUACCGUCACAGUCAGAUUACUCUUGCAGCUGCAUCAGAAAUCUGAGCGGGAUGACUUGGUUAUUUUAUUUACCAAAGCUGAUUGAAGCAGAUACAUGUGAAGUCAUUGGGAGGUGAACCAUCUCCAAUUCAACAGUUUUACAUGUGGAACCCAUAAAAGAUGAGGCUGAGAACUCGAAAAGCUUCUCAGCAGUCAAAUCAAAUUCAUACACAACGUGCAGUCAAGGCAAAGAGGAAACAUUCAGAGAUCGAAGAUAGUUUACCUGCGGGAGUAGAAAAAACACAGAAGAAUGAAACUGGCUUGUUAUCAUCAAUUAAAAAAUUCAUUAAGGGAAGCACACCCAAGGAAGAGAGAGAAAAUCCUUCAAAGAGGAGUAGAAUAGAGCGUGAUAUAGAUAACAACUUGAUCACAUCAACACCUCGAACAGGCGAAAAGCCCAAUAAACAGAUAUCUCGAGUAAGACGGAAAAGUCAAGUAAAUGGAGAAGCUGGUAGUUAUGAAAUGACAAAUCAGCAUGUAAAACAAAAUGGAAAACUAGAAGAUAAUCCUGCCACUGGGAGUCCUCCAAGGACUACAUUGUUGGGGACCAUUUUUUCUCCUGUCUUCAACUUUUUCUCACCAGCAAAUAAAAAUGGAACAUCAGGAUCAGAUUCCCCCGGACAAGCUGUGGAAGCUGAAGAAAUCGUAAAACAGCUUGAUAUGGAACAGGUAGAUGAAAUCACUACCAGUACAACUACAUCAACAAAUGGAACAGCCUAUUCAAAUCAAGCAGUCCAAGUAAGACCUACGAUAAAUAAUGGUUUAGAAGAAGUGGAAGAAGCUACUAAUCGUGAUAUACCACCUCUUACAGCACCUGUGUCUCCAGAUAGUGGUUAUUCAUCAGCCCAUGCAGAAGCAACCUAUGAAGAAGACUGGGAAGUAUUUGAUCCCUAUUAUUUUAUCAAGCAUGUUCCCCCAUUGACAGAGGAACAGCUAAAUAGGAAGCCAGCUCUUCCUUUGAAAACAAGAAGUACGCCAGAAUUUUCCCUAGUCCUAGACUUGGAUGAAACACUAGUGCACUGUAGUCUAAAUGAACUAGAGGAUGCUGCACUCACUUUUCCAGUCCUUUUCCAAGAUGUCAUUUAUCAGGUUUAUGUGCGAUUAAGACCAUUCUUCAGGGAAUUCCUGGAACGUAUGUCUCAAAUUUAUGAGAUCAUUCUUUUUACUGCUUCUAAGAAGGUGUAUGCAGACAAGUUACUGAACAUACUAGACCCUAAAAAGCAGCUGGUCAGACACCGACUUUUCCGUGAACAUUGCGUGUGUGUACAAGGAAACUACAUAAAAGACUUAAACAUCCUUGGAAGAGAUCUUUCAAAAACUAUCAUAAUUGACAAUUCACCACAAGCCUUUGCCUACCAGCUUUCUAAUGGAAUCCCUAUAGAGAGCUGGUUCAUGGAUAAAAAUGACAAUGAACUCUUAAAAUUGAUUCCUUUUCUGGAGAAACUUGUAGAACUGAAUGAGGAUGUUCGACCUCACAUCAGAGACAGAUUUCGCUUGCAUGACUUGCUACCCCCAGAUUAAACAUGAAGAUUUUUUUCAAAUCAGUGAAGGGGGAGAAAAUGCAGGACCCUUAUGGACUAGAACAAAAACAUUGCCAUUACUGUUGAAAUUUUGCAUUUUUGUACCCCGUCUUGCUUUUCUUAUCUUUGGUGCCCAACAAUAAUCAAGGGUUACAGAAAGAGACUUUAUAUAUAUGUAUAUAUAUAUAUAUACACAUAUAUAUAUAUAUGUGUGUGUGUGUAUAUAUAUAUCUCAGAUUGAAUACAUACAGUAGGUAGGCUAGAACAGAAAAGUCUUUAGAACUAGUGCAACUCCAGUGAAAUUUUUUUUAUGUCCAGGACAUCUGCAGUUUAUAAAGAAUUCUGUUUCUGCCACCAGCAGUUUGACCUGUAGAAACACAGGAUUUUAUGAUAAUAACAGAGAUGAAAAUGGACUUUUAUUUUCUCUCUGUUUGGUGCUCUAAGUGGGUUUGUAGCCACUUUUCUGUUACUUUAAGAUUCUCAUUUCAACAGGAAUGGCCAGUAAAAGUUGUUUUAUUUUUCCUGUUAAGGUUUAUAACCUUUUUACAUUUUUGACCUGUAUUAGAGUAGAAUUUCAUUAUGCAUUCCUUUUAGUUGAGGCGCUUCAUAGUUUUCUGGAAAUAGCCAAAUUUUAGUUUUUUAUUAUACAAUUGAAUGGCCGUUUUCCUGCUUUGUCUGCCUGCAUACUGUAUAUUUGUUUAAAAAUAUCUCUAGUUUUAGUCCAUGUAAGUUUCAUUUAGAAAUACCUGCAUUUAUAUUUUGUUUCUGUAAUAUUCUACUGUAGUUGAAAUCUUUUCAAAAAUCAAGAGACUGGUAGAUAAGAAUAUAUGAAUGACUAAUAUUCAAAAGAUUUAAACCAUUGUGAUGGCAUGUAUCCCAGAUGACAAUACCUUGCAGUGGCACAUAAUGUGGCUGGAUAAGUCAUACCUCAGACUAUGCUGUGCACACAAAUCUUUGAGGAGAAUAUGUUUGGUCAACUGUUGGGCUUGAUGCAAUUCAGUUACUGCUGCCUUUGGUUUCUCCAGGAAUGAAGUAUUCUGCACAGUGGCUCAGUAUUUUCAGUUGUUUUGCAUGGGCUGGUAGUACCUCUGUUAUACUAUUGGUAACAAUCAGUUUAAACCCUGUGUAACAGAGCACCCCAUGCUGCCAGUGCUGUGCAUAUGCUAUCAUAGUGGUUUUCUAUGUUAUAUGGAAAGAGUCUUCAGGCCUUGGUUCUCUAAUGCAGCUACCAUAAGAGGUUGAUAUUUUUAUAAUGGUGUGUAAUCUCCUUUUCAGGAGGCUUUUUAUGGAAGGUAGAAUUUGUAAAGUUAGUAUGCUUGGCCUCGACUGCAUUAACAUGCCAUAGGCUCAGACUGUUUUUGUGUAAAGGAUGUCAAAGAACGGCACUUUUUCUAAAGAGAAGUUUGAUAUUUUGUAUGCUUGUUAAGAAAGUACAGUAUUGGAAAUUAAAGGUGGACAACUGAUAAUUGAGAAGUAUGUCAAUUAAUUUUUUAUGUAUAUUACCUGUUUACUUGUACAACUUUAUUGUACAAAUUACAUGCAGCUUCAUUUUCAAAUGAGUCCUUAAAAUAAGGAAAUCUUUUUAGGAAAACAUUUAAUUUUUGUAUUUUUGAUUUUAAAGGCAUGAGUUAUGUCAAUUUUCAGUGUAUUAAUGAAGAUUUUAACUUUUCAUCAGGUUGAGUGUUUUCUUACUAUAUUAUCUGUUGUGUAUGUAGUUAGCACAUUGUGUCACUGAACUGUUUAAAAACUUUAGCAUGUAGAAAAAGCCUGUUUUGUGGAAAAUCUUUAUUCAUUAAAAAAAAUCAUGGCAGAUUUUCUGCAAAAAAAGCAAAAGCAUUUGCAAUUCAGAAUACUGAUUUUUUUGUAUUUAAAGAAAGGUAUUUUGCUUGCAGGAAAAGAUACUACAGAUUCAUUUUAAUGAGAAUCUUUGAAAUGUAUUUAUCUUUAGGGCAUCUGGGCAUCUUUACGCUGUUUGUCUUCUGUCUUUAUUGAAAUAAAAUGUACAUAACAUUACCUUUAUAUAUGCUCUUGCGCAAGAUUGUGAACCUGG